AAAAAAAAACGUUAUAAUUUACGAAAUUAAAGUACGAAGGAGAAAACAUUUGGACGCUGUUUUAUUUAGAACUUGAAUUUAUCAAUAGAAGUACAUAGCUCCGAAAGCUAGAGAUGAGCGAUAACAAGUACCCGAUAACGUAAGUAUCGUUUAACUCUAUCGUUUAACUCGGACGUAUCAAGAACAAUUUCGUGCAACCGCAAGAAUCAACAAAAGUCAGAGCGCAUAUGCUGUGGGGGCCCUCCAUCGUAUAUGGAAAUUCUAUUCUAUAUGUAGCUGUGCUUCAAUUGUCGUAGUAGAAUUUAAAGCAGAAAAAAUGAGCGCUAUUCAAAAUUUCUUAAAUAUACGUGGCUCACGUGCUUAUAGAAGAGUCAACGAUUGUCUGCCGACGCACAAAACCUAUUAUUUUCAGGGCGAUGAAGCCUACACCGAGGACAACAUAUUGGUGAAGAAACUUUUUUUGUAUAAUAUAUCACCAGGGCUAUCGGCCAAGCAAUUGAGAGCCUAUUUCAACACGUUCGGACGCGUCGACCACUUGCAUCUCUUUGGGCAGCCCAGCAACCAUUUCGGCUCCAAGGGCUCAAAUGAUAGGCCAAAAUCAAAGAGUGGCUUUGUCGUCUUCGCAGAUCCACGUAGUGCUGCAAAAGCACUGCGUCGAAAAUUUCACAAUGUGAACAAAGACCGUCUAUCUGUGCAGCCCAGCGACAGCUGGCAUCAGCCAGACGCCUAUGGCAUACCACGGAAGCAGUUAUCUUCCGAUCCGAACGAGCCGCCGGCUGCCAUUCUAAAUCUGAACGAUCAUUGCUUGGAUUAUAUAGUGCGUCUACUGGCACUGCCCGAUCGCAUUCACUUUGCGCGCACCUGCAUACGUUUUCGAGAGAUCUAUAAGCGGGCUUCACCAGCCUUGGAUAAAUGUGUAAAAUUUGAAGAAUUUGCUGACAUGACUAUGUGGGAUGUGCGUGAUUUCUUUGUGCUGUCCGGUCGUCAUGUUCGAAAGAUUGAGGGCAUUAUACCAAAACGUCAUCGCCAGCGUCUGGGCGAAUUUCUGGGCGCCCACUGCACUAAUCUAACCACUUUGCGUAUUACGGCCAAUAAGUUGACCGUUCGCACCAUGAACAAGAUCUUUGGCAAGCUGACCCAGCUGGAGAGCCUACAAUUGCACGGUUGCGACUUGCGUAAUGAUGCUCUGCUUGCGCUGAAGCAUUUGUCACAGCUCAAGACACUCGAUCUGUCUUACAAUGACAAGUUGACUGGGCAAAAUAUGAAUCGCUUGCCGAUAAGCAUUGAGUCGCUGACACUAACCAGUUGCACUGGGCUGCAGUCGAAACUAUUGUCCCGGGUUUUUAAGGCACUCAAACAGCUUAAGGAGCUGCACAUGAAGGGUGUCUAUACCAUUGGCUCAGGCUUUAAGCAGCUGGUCAACAGCCAGCGCUCCAAUACGCUGGAAACUAUCUCAGUUAGCAAUGGGCUUGGCUUUGGACUGAAUAAUCAAUACGAGCACAUUGCCAGGCUGCCCGGCCUCAAGAAGCUGACUGUCCACAGUCAUGAGGAGGAUGCAAAGCUGCGCCCCGAGCUGCUUACGUGGCUGGUGGAACAAAGGUCCGAACAACUGGUCCACUUUGAAGCACGCGGUCAGAACUGCAUCAAUUCGGAGAUGGUUUCACAAAUAAGCAAACUACGCGCACUUCGCACGCUCAUUAUACCCAACAACGAUGCAAUCAACGAUCGCGAAUUAGAGGUUCUGAGCAGUCUCCAAGAGUUGGAGGAGAUCAAUCUUAAGUAUUGCUGCAAUGUUAGCGGCAAUGCGGUGCUGCGCUUGAUACUUUCCUGCCCCAAGCUAAGGGUGUUGCAUUUAGAGAAUUGCCCGCAGCUCACAGAAAAGCUACUAUCUGAUAUUAUUUUUAAAAUGCGCUUACAAAUUCGCCAAAAAGAAAUCCAGCGUCAGCUACCCAUCAAGCUUAGUAUAUACGGAUGCAACAUUACCAAGGAGAACAUGCGAAAUCCAGAUGUGGUUUCCAAGGACAUAAUUGAUGUAUCCUUUGUUUCACCCUCAUCUGAUCUUUGCUUCUUUGACCUAUCCGAUUUGUUGGUAUUCGACAAUGAUAUGUUCUUUGGUUCAGACGAUCUGGACGCAGACCAUGAUCAUCGUUUGUAUGAUAUGGGUUUUCUAAGCGAUACUGACGAUGACUACGAUUAUUCCGACGAUGAUUAUGACGGGGAUUUUGACGAAUUGGAUGGGUUUGACGAAUUUGGUUACGAUUUAGAAGAUAUGGAUUAUUCAGAUAUCGAGGAUUAUUGGGAUAGUUUAUAAACAGUUUAACAAAAUUAAUAUUAUAUGCUAAAACUUACCCCAUAUUUUUAGAUAUUGGGGCUAGUAUCUUCUAGUAUAUCCAUUUACUGUAAAUUCGUAUUACACUAAAUUUCGCCAAACAUGAUAAUUAUUAAAAUAUAUAUCAACAA